GAUCCAGAGGUAUGUGGACAUUUUAUGGUGUUUUUGUAUACGACUGCAACGCCUGUUGCUGACUCCAGCUUGUGAACCUUGUGCUAUUGACAACAGAGAGGCAGUAGCGCUGGGGCUGGACGUGCAGCACUGCAACGGACUCCUAGCAGCCAUCGACAAGCUGUCCGAAUCAGAAAGUUGAAGUUGAAUGUUAUCUAAUUGGAUGAAAGUGUUUUGAAAAGAUCGGUUUGAUUGGUUAAUAAUCUAUGGCGGCAGUUGAGUGCGUCACAAUUUGAAAUUGCAGCGGCGAUGGAGAGCGGCGGGCACUGGAGCGCGUCGCUCUGGCGAUGGGGGCUGUGCGUGACGAUGGCGUCGCUGUCUCUCUGGAAGGUGGUGGAGCUGGCAGUGAGCGGCGAUGCGUCGUGGGGCCGCGUUCUCCGCAAGAAGGCGAAGAAGGAGCAGUACUUGGCCGGCUUCCCCGGUCUCGUGGGCAACACGCCCAUGGUGGAGCUCACCAGUCUGUCCAAGGCCACCGGCUGCACGAUUCUGGUGGGAUUCAAUACUAUGUGCAAGUUUGUUAUAGUCAAUUGACUGAUCGGGGAGGGGUCCAUUGUACGCUUGGUGCUUCCAGGCUAAAGCCGAGUUCCUGAAUCCGGGUGGCAGCUCCAAGGAUCGAAUCGCGAAAGGAAUCGUGGAGGAUGCGGAGCGUCGUGGGCUCCUGAAAGAGGGCGGAACCAUUGUCGAGGGAACGUCCGGUAGUACGGGCAUCAGUCUGUCGCUCAUGGCACGAGGUCGGUGGUCUUGGCUGAUGCUAAGUUGAAGUGGCGAAGUGAUGGAGCUAACGUCGUGUGAUUCUGCUUCGGUUGUCUAGCCCGCGGCUACAGGUGCGUUAUUGUAAUGCCAGACGACCAGGCGAAGGAGAAGAGUCAGCUCCUGGAGCAGUUUGGCGCUGAGGUCGUGCUGGUGAAGCCGGCGUCCAUCGUGAACGCCAAGCACUACGUGAACGAGGCCAAGCGGCUGGCACGCAACACUGAAGGUGCGCGUGUGACUCUGAAGCAGCUUGUUACUACCUGCCGCUCUCUUGGCGCUAAUGAUUUCGUGCAAAUGACUUUUCUAGGAGGAUACUUCACUGACCAAUUCGAGAACACGGCCAACUUCGACAGCCACUAUGCCACGACCGGGCCGGAGAUUUGGCGCCAGACCAACGGAACGGUCGACGCCUUUGUGAUGGCCGCAGGUACGGGAGGCACCAUCGCAGGCACCUCGGCCUACUUGAAGGAGCAGAACCCGGACGUGCAGGUUUUCCUGGCCGACCCUCCUGGCUCGAGUCUGUACAACAAAGUCCGCAGCAACGUGUGCUACGCGCCGCAGCAGGCUGAGACCAAGGUCCGCCGCCACAGGUACGACACCAUCGCCGAGGGCGUGGGCAUCGACCGCCUGACGGAGAACUUCCUGCUGGCCAAGAUCGACGACGCGUUCAAGGUGACGGACCAGGAGAUCGUCGAGAUGUCGCGCUUCCUGCUGCGCGAGGAGGGCAUCUUCGUGGGCAGCUCGAGCGGCCUCAACUGCGUUGCGGCCGUGCGCGCCGCCCGCAAGCUCGGGCCGGGCCACACGAUCGUCACGGUGCUGUGCGACUCGGGCCAGCGCCACCUCACCAAGUUCUGGAACGAGCAGCACAUCCGCGAGGACUGGCAGCUCGAGCCCACGGCCGCGCACCUCGAGUUCCUCGACGGCUCCACGGGGCAGCCCUAACGUUAGGCCCAGAGAGGCAUGGGGCCCCAUGGCCGGGCUCUGCACCUUUUGCCCAGCAAUAGAUUCUGAAAAUAGCGAUCUUUCCAUGGAUUUCCGCGCGUUGAUUGGUUCGCUCGAGCGGUGAAUCGAGAAUUUAUUGGCUGAAACCCCUUCACGGCGCCCCUUCAAAACGGAAAUCUUUCGCCAAAACUGCAAGUGGUGCAAGUCGAACGUGGCGGUCACUCUGCAACUCGCCGCAGACCCACCAAGCAAGUCCUAGUCAGCCUCGGCCUCAGCUCCAAAUGGCGACUGCCUCGACCCCCGCCGCCUCCAUCGCCAUCCCCGCGGACGUGCAUCCGUUCGCCGCCAACGUGAGUCCGCGCGGCGUGGAUCUCGAAGGGCGCCUGGACCUGUCUCUCGGUGCGUCCUCCUCCUCCUGCUGCGACUAGCAAGAAAGAUACUCUAUCGCAUGUGAUACUGACUGGUGUUGCACCUGCAGACGCGCUGAUUAAGGAGCGCAGGAAGGAGCACAAGCUGCAGAAGAAGGAGGAGGCCAAGAAGCAGAAGAAGCAGAACGAGAAUCCGCUGCCACAGCCGCAGUCUGCUGGCAAGAGGAAGGCGCCCAAGCAGCAGAAGCCGCAGCAGCAACAACAACAGAAGCAGCAGAAGAAGGCGGUGAAGAACGGCCAGGCAGCGCAGCGAAAGGCUCUGGUAAACAAGAACCGCGGUCUGCCGGCGGCGGCUGCUCCUGCCACGGAGAGCAAGACCAAGACGAGCAUUGCCGCCACCACCGCCAAGCUGCGGCGGCAAAUGCGCGCGGACAAGGCGGCUAAGAACGCUUCUGGCCGCUUGGUUGUCAGUCCCAGGGCGCAGCAGAACAACGUAGCACAGCAGCCGAAGAAGAAGAAGAACGCACCUCAGCAGGUCAGGAAGGUCGCGUCGCCCACGCGUGUGGUACAGCCCAAGGGCGGCAAGAAGCAGCAGACGGUGAAGCAGCAGACUCAGGCGAAGGCACCAGUACGGCAGGUGAUGCGCUCGAACAGCAAGAAAGCCAAGCUGAGCAUCACGAUCCCGGGUUCGGCGGGCAAGAAGAACGCCCAGAAGAAGCAGAAGAAGGCCGGCAAGGUUUUGCUGCCGGGCAAGCUGUCGCAGACGCUGGCCAAGAAGAACUCGGCGGCCAAAUCAGUUGUGAAGCGGGCAAAGAACCGCAAGGCGGUCGCGGGCAAGACCGCGCAAGUUGUACGCAAAGUGCCUACUCAGCGCAAGAAGAAAUGAGCUGCUGGAUAGAGCCCCAUCUACAUUCUGUUCCCUUCAACAUGAAUACCAGAUUUUGUUUGUAAACUCGAAUGCGUGUGGAUCAUCGGUGGCCCCUCUCUAUUUGGGCGGAACACCGCAUUACUCCUAGCCCAGGCGUCUCAUAACGGUAUCGCGGCCCAAAAGCUCGAUCGUGUCGCCAAGUCCAGCGCCAACAUCCAUGCCCGUCAGAUAGUACCGAAUCGGCAUGAGAACCCUGCGCAAAGCACACAGCACAAAGGGUCAGCUAAAGGGUCGCCAACAGCAUGGUAACUUUGGCAACGCGACGUACUUCUUCAGCCCCAGUUUCCGGCUCUUAGCGACAGCCUUGAUACUCUUCGUGAUGUGGUCCUGCAAAACAGCAAAAGCGUCAGCUAAUAGUUCCUUCACAUAGGCAAUGGCUACGUUCACUACUUACCGGGGUGAAGUCAUCAUCCGACAGGUUGCGCAGGCUGGAGCACACGUCGGCUACGAGCUCAGGCGUGCUUUCGUCAAUGUACUUGGCCUUCAUGUCUUGGGCCACAGACGAGCUAAGGUCAGGGUCGGUGAAGAACGAGAUGCAGAGCGGUCCAAACUCGGGAAGAGCGCUGACACGCUCCUUCAUGAGGUCCAUGGCGCGCCACACGUAGUCAAGACCGAACUUCUCCACCACAUCAGCUGGCGUAGAGAAUCCUGCCUGUUCAAGAGUUGACGAAAUCAUGGGCAGCACGUCGUUCACAACUGCCAGCUUGUGCUCGUCCGUUGCCGUUUCCUCAGCAAAUAGCGCUCGGACGUGACGGGAGUUGAUCCAGCGGAGGCGGUCCACGUUAACUACCGAGCCGGCCUUGUUCACGUGAUCGAUGGAGAACUACGAUACAAAAAUGUAUAGAUGUCAGGAUUCAGCGGUAAUUUUUAAGAACGACAAUAGUACAGCGUCUCGUACAUGUUUCUCCAGCUCCUUCAUCUGGAAAAUCUCUUGGUUGUUACCGCCAGCAGGGUUCCAACCCAACAGAGCCACAAAGUUCACGAGGCCGCUAGGCAGGAAUCCCUUGUCCU